UUCGGUCGCGCUGCCGGAUCCUACCUCAAGGGAGGGCCUUAAGACAAAGCAGCAGACGGCGGGGGGGUGGAGGAUACACCUGACGGGAGCUUUCUCCACCCCCUCUGCGAGUGAGCACCUUCGGGGAACGUCUGUGCCCCCUUCUCUGUGGGGAGGCUCUUGCGUCGCAGCGCUUUAAUUUUCCAAAGAGUUCCAGCUAAGCUGACAUCACUAGAGGUGGCCCAUUGCUUCCCAGACUGGUGCCAUAACUUUCGCCCCGUUCCUUCCUUGCUGGGCAUGCCAGAGGCGUCUUGUAUGAACCCGGAAGCCCCAUGCCAAUUCUCUGCAGGCGGGCCUGGCCUGCAGAUGGUGCCUGGGUUCUGGUGACUUGGGCAGCCUGCCCACUGAGGGAGAGCAAAGGCAGGAGAGGGGCACAGGAAGCCUGGCAUGGAGGACUCUGACCAGCGGUUGGUGCUGGGCAUGAACAUGGGGGAUGGGCGGCAGACGCCUCCGGGGCAGCUGCGAACACCCUCUGAAGACAGCGAGGAGCAGCGGGUGCCUGGGCCAGAAGCCAUGUGUGAUGGUGGUGGUGAUGCCAGGAAGAAAGAAAAUGAGGAGGAGGAAGAGGAGGAGGAGGAAGAACUUGACCCUCGUAUUCAGGAAGAACUGGAGCACCUCAACCAAGCCAAUGAAGAGAUCAAUCGAGUGGAAUUGCAGUUGGAUGAAGCCCGUACCACGUACCGGAGGAUCUUGUCCGAAUCUGCCAGGAAGCUCAACACCCAGGGCUCUCAGCUGGGGAACUGCAUUGAGAAAGCGCGCCCUUAUUACGAAGCCAGACGCUUGGCCAGGGAGGCCCAGCAGGAGACCCAAAAGGCUGCCCUGCGGUACGAACGAGCAGUUAGCAUGCACAACGCAGCCCGGGAAAUGGUUUUUGUGGCUGAGCAGGGAGUCAUGGCAGACAAGAACAGGCUGGAUCCCACCUGGCAGGAGAUGCUGAACCAUGCCACCUCCAAGGUGAAUGAGGCUGAGGAAGAGCGGUUGCGUAGCGAACGGGAGCACCAGCGUGUCACCCAGCUCUGCCAGCAGGCCGAGGCAAAGGUGCAGUCACUCCAGAAAUCCUUGAAACGAGUUAUUCUGAAGAGCAAGCCCUACUUUGAGCUGAAGGCUCAGUUCAACCAAAUCCUGGAGGAGCACAAGGGCAGGGUCACCUCCCUUGAGCAGCAGGUCGCCCAGGCAAAGAUGCGCUAUUCCGUGGCCCUGCGCAACCUGGAGCAGAUCAGCGAGCAGAUCCAUGCCCGGCGGCUCCAGCGCCUGGUAGGACGUCGCGCUUCCCCAGUCGGUGCUGAAGCCAGCCCAGCGCUGCUGUAUGGCGGGAUGGUACUACCUCCGGAGCCCGUUGCCUCGGCUGACACGCUCUCGGUCCUCAGCUUCCAGACCAUCGCCUCAGACCUGCAGAAGUUUGACUCCGUUGAGCACCUGCUGGGCCUCUCUGAUGCUGCCAGUCUCAACAGCGAUGAGCUGGAGGAGAGGGAGCAGCGGCGUAUGGCUCAGCCCCACCCCUUUAAGCACCACCGCAGCAUCAGCCUCUGACCCUCCCCUUCUCUCCGCUGCCCCUUUAAGCCCUGGCCUUCAGAAGAAUGGGGAGGUGGUGGUUCUAAGGCACCAGGAGAAGUUAUGAGCAGAGGCAUGGAUUCCAUAGUGAUUUUGGCCUCACCCAUCUGCAGUGUUGAUUUUUCCCCUCUCUGUGUAGGUGCAAUCCCAGAUUUUCUGCCCUCUUGAUCUCCCUGCACCAGGGGCUCAUCCAAGUCCCAGUUGUUUGGAGACUUUAGCGUUCUGGUCCCAUCAUGCCUGAUCCAUCAGGCUGCCAUCUCCCCAAGCAUGCCCCUCUUUCCUGGGAGCAUUGCAUGCUGGAAGUAAUUCUGCAAUUUUCCACUUUUAUCCCGGCUUGUUGGAUCCCUGGUGACAUAGUUCUUCUCAGCUGCUGGAAGGCUGUCUAGGGCUGAGAAAGGUGUGGGAGGGAAGCAGCAUUGCUCUUUUCAAUGAUUUCUUGGGGGGGGGGGGGAGAUGAAUAUAGGUGGGCCGUAGGGAUGCUAAUGUAGAGAUGCUCCCCUGCUCCUCUCACUGCAUUCGAGAGAACUUCCUACACUGCUUUCAUGGAGUUGCCACGCAAGGCUGUAUGUGACAAUAUGGCUUAUUUAAAAAAGAACUCUGGGGCCCCACAGGGCUUCUCUGACUCACUACCAUACAUAACUGACAAGGCAUGUCAUUUGUCCCUCCUGAGCAACAGGUCACACGCGCACACGCACACACACACGCACACACACACACAAUGGCAGCCAUCCACCUCUUUCCAGCUUCUUUAAAAUAGAGACAUGCCGUCUUGCCUCAUUGCAAAAUCCGAUGGAGAAGAUGGUGCCCCAAUGGUACCGUGCAGCACUCCCAGGAGAGAAGAUGUGGGGCAGGAGGCUCCUUCCACCAGAAAGGCCCCACCUACCUAAUACCCUUGGCGCAGCCCUUUCUGCCCUGUGUUCUUCUAGGAGUCUAAUCGUUUGCACUAGCAAGUGGCAGAAGAGGGGACUGGAAGUUUCCUUCUGUUCCCAGCGGUCCCUGUCUUUCCAUGCCUUUUUGGGGGGGGUGGGCGGAGCAGUUUCUGCCACUCAAAUUUGCUGGACUUUGGCUGUGAUGAGAACUUGCUGGUUUGAGGCAGCCAUACAGCAACUCUGUACCUGUUUGUGUGUGUGCGUGUGUGUGUGGAGGUUUGUCUGACCGGCUUAUGCUGUGUAUUUUAUUUAAAGUAAAGUUUAUG